GGUAGCGCCGCCUGGGCCGACUGCGAGGGGCGCGCGGCAGCACGUACUCGGGCCGGGCCGGGCCGGGCCGGGCCGGGCCUGGAUCCCGCUCCGCGCUGCAGGCCGACUCCGCCCCGAGCCCCGGCAGCACCAGCCCGGCGCGUCCCCUCGCCCUGCUGCUUCGCUCCUGGCCGCGCCCGGGGCUCCCCUCUGCAGAGCGCGGGGAGGCUGCAGUGGCAUCAGGAUAUUGAGGUCCCACACCAGACUUGAUCUGCAGCAACCAGCGAAGGGAGGUGGAGCUCUGGAGAAGGUGCGUGGUCUGAGGACCUGUUUCAAGAUUCCUCUGACAUGGAGGACCCCUUGGACUCAUCAGGAGAUGAAAGCUGCAUGGGUUCACUUCCCAGACCAGAGCCUUCUCUGCAAGCAGCAGGUGCCAGGAUGCUGAUCAAAACUGAGGAGCCACCUCCUGAGGAACAGCCCAUAAAUCUGAAGAAGGUUCCAGCCAGAAACCAGCUCCCUGGACUUUGGGGACAGAGAGCAGCUGAGCCCCAAAAGAGCCCUGGGUGCAGGGAAGGAUUCAAGGGACAGAGAGACCUGAGGAGCCAUGAGGGCAGUGCUGACAGGGCAGAGGCCUUGUAUAUCUGUGGGGAAUGUGGGGAGAGCUUUUGGGGCCAACGGGAACUGCGGGCGCAUGGCGGGACUCACAGGAGGGAGACAACAGCCCACCCAUGUGGAGAGUGCGGGAAGAGCUUCCGCUACAAGUCGCGUCUCCUCAUCCACCAGAGGACACACUCGGGACAGCGCCCCCACCUGUGCCCAGAGUGCGGGAAGAGUUUUGCCCACCCAGACUAUGUCCGCGUCCACCAGCGCAUCCAUACAGGGGAGAAGCCCUACCGCUGUGGCCACUGUGGAAAGAGCUUCAUCCAGCCCUCCCACCUCCGGCUGCAUCUACGCGUGCACACAGGGGAGAAGCCGCACACGUGCACAGAAUGUGGGAAAAGCUUCAAGGACCCGUCCCAUCUCCGUGUCCACCUGCAUGUGCACACAGGGGAGAAGCCACAUGGCUGCUCAGACUGUGGGAAGACCUUCACGGACCUAUCCCACCUCCACGUGCACCAGCGCGUGCAUACGGGCGAGAAGCCGCAUCCUUGCCCAGAUUGUGGGAAGAGCUUCAACAACCCAUCCUACCUGCGUGUGCACCGACGUGUGCACACUGGGGAGAAGCCCUAUGGCUGCAGUGAGUGUGGCAGGAGCUUCCGGGAGAGCUCAGCCCUCACCAAGCACCGACGCAUCCACACCGGGGAAAAGCCAUACCACUGCACUCACUGUGGAAAGAACUUCCGGCACAGCUUUUCCUUCAGCAAGCACCAGCGCCUCCAUGCCAUGGAGAAGCCACUGCCUGGUGAUGAUAGUGGAGGGAAUUUUACUGAUGCUGCUGCUCUUGCCAAGCAUGAGCAGACCCACAGACCAGAUCCUUGUGACUGACAAGGGUCAGUUUUGCUGGCUCUCCCCUCCCCGUCCUCUCCCAGCCUCAAGCAGGGGUAGCACUCAGCCUGAAAUGCCUCCCAGCUCACUCUGUGUUAGUUUGCAUGGCCCUGGACAUGGGAGUAUUCCCCCCAGGAGCACCCGACGUGGGAUGUAGUUGGGGGUUAAAACUAACACAAGUUCUUUUUCCUCCAGCAUGUCAUUUAAAGGGUGGAACUUAUGGCCACCAGAUGUGGUGAAAACAAGGCAUUUAACCAGAUCCACAAAGGGAUUGGACACAUUCUUGGAGGAAAGGGGCAUCAGUAGCUAUUAAACAUGGGAGCGAGGAGCAUAGCCUCUGAAUCAGAACUGCCUAGCCCCUAAAUGCUGGAUGUUGCAAGUGAGAGACAAACAGUAGGAAAAACCUUGCUCAAACCCAGCUCGUUCCCCCUUUCAGUAUCCACUCUCUGCCGUGGUACGACCAGGAUGCUGGGCCAGAUAGACCUAUGGUCUGACCCAGUCAAUGAUAGUUCUUACGUUAUGGGCUACAGCUGGAACAAAAGGGAAAACGGGGGCUCAGGACUGAACUGCAGGGCUCCUGGCUUCUCCCAGAUCAGUUGUCUGUGCUGCAGCACCCAGGAAUACUUCAUCUAGCCCCACUGCUGCAGGCUUAAGGAGGAGCAUGAACCAAAGAGGCUUUAUUCACUUCCACUUGACUGAUAGAGUAACUGCAGUUGUAGUUGUGCCCAUAGAAGCACUAAAUAAACUUUUCCCUUCUGUCUGUGGCCUGGUGCUGUGUGGUUAUGUCACAGUCUGUUUAUGCUUCCCUCGUGGAAGUGCCUCAGGUAGCCACCACUAAGUUGAAGUAUUGGGGAACUUUCUUACCCAAUUAACUUGACCAUAGCAUAUGUGAUGUGUGGGGAAAAGUGAAAAGCUGCAUGCAGGCCAGUGCAAUGGGGGCAGGAAAUUGUUCCUUGUGAGAGCUGUUCUUGCCAGGGAGUGAGCAUCUGCCCAACAAACAGGAUUGAUAGUCUUAUGAAGAGUUUAAAUUAUGGAUUUGUCUGGGAUGGUUUGGAUAGAAAUGAUCUGGCCUCAGGUAGGGGGUUGGACUCUGUAGGUCCCCUUCCAGCCCCACUUAUCUAUGAUUUAAAUGCCAUUCCAGGAGUCAACGGGAUCAGACUGGUCCUGUCCAGUGUCCCAGGACAGAAAAUUAAGCUUAACACAUCAGGAGUGGAAGGGCGGUACAGCCUUUCACAGGACAGCAACUGCAAUAAAGCACAAGCUAAAUACUAGAAGAGGAGGUUUCACAGGACAGCAUGGAAGAGGCUGACAAUAAGCUUCCAGAACAAGGAACGAGGAAAUGCUAACACAUCCAUGCACUCUCCAGGGAUCUAGGGUGAGCUCUGCUGUUCUGUCCUCAGCAGGCUCUAUGCAUGUGCAUGCUGCUUCCCUCAAAGAUGAGUGGAACAGUAAGUCUUGAGGUCAUCCUCCAUCUCCCUUUCAAGGGGCAAUCUGUCAGGACAGCCCACAAUCUCCUCUCCUUUGCCCCACUGUUCCCCUGUCUGAAAGGCACCUGCUCCACAAGCCCCUAAGGUAGUGGUGCCCAAUCUUUUUUUGCCCAGGGUGUCAGAUCGGCAGUGCCCAAUUCAUCUGGGUUGGAUCCAUCAAGCAUUCCUGGUUCAGUGCCUGGGCCAACAGCAUCUGGCUGUGUAGAGGGAGGCAGGGAGCAGGCCAGCCUCAAUGCAGCCCCACAGGAGAAAGGACCUUGUCCCUCCCCUGUGGAAAGGGAGUGGGAUAUAGCUAGGCCCCAACCUCUUCCCAUACGGAGGGAAAGGGGCAUGGCCUGGCCCUAAUCCAGAAGCAGGGAGGGGGAACAUGCCCUGGCCCCAUGGGGGAACGGUGUAGCUUGGCUCUGACUGGCUGUGCAGGGAUUGGGGUAUGGGGAUUUGGCAGCGGGGAGGUUGGCCAUAUUAGCCAUUGCUCCCCUGCUGCCAAAUUUCCAGACACAUGGAGAGCCCUAUGGGCCAGAUGUGAUGGCUCUCUGGGCUGCAUCUGGGCCCUAGACCAGAGGUUGAGC